AUGGACGACUCUCCGACGCACAGGAGCGGCGCCGAUGACGGCGGUGUGUCGUCCGUGGAGAUUCCGGCGUGGGAAGCCGACUCGGUGGCGUUGACCUCGCAUCGAGGGCGUUGCUCUCGCCUCGCCCCCCAAUCACCAGUUGAAUUCUUCAUGAUGGACGACUCUCCGACGCACAGGAGCGGCGCCGAUGACGGCGGUGUGUCGUCCGUGGAGAUUCCGGCGUGGGAAGCCGACUCAGGUGGCAUUGACCUCCGCAUCGAGGGGCAGGUGGCGAUGCCUUGCCGCCAUCGAUUUCAUGAGGUGUGCUUGAAGGAGUGGCUGGCGCGGAGCAAUUCUUGCCCUGUCUGCAGGUUUCCUCUCCCUGUUGGCGCAGAGUAG